ACCAAAUUUGAAGUCUACUCGCCGAAUCUUAAAGCCGCUGCCUGCCACCUCGCCUCAGCAUAACAUUGUCUCCGGCAAGAAUGGCCACCGGCGACACCAAACCCUCCUCCGACACCACAUCUCAACCGCCGGCAUCCACCCAGCUAGAAUCCUCCCCAACCCCAAAUCAAACCACCCCCGUACCCAGCCGCUCCCUCACCUCCGCGUCUACCCCCGCCACCAUCACUUCUCGCCUCCCGGAAACUGACGUCAUCAACGUACCCAGCUAUUCCAGGUGGUUUUCAUGGAAUCACAUUCACGAGGGAGAGGUCCGGUUCCUUCCUGAAUUCUUCGAUGGAAAAUUCCCUUCGAAAAACCCUAGGGUUUACAAAUAUUAUAGGAAUACCAUAAUUCGUACGUUUAGAGAAAACCCCACCAGAAAAAUAAACUUUACUGAGGUUCGGAAGACCAUAGUUGGAGACGUAGGUUCGAUUCGAAGGGUUUUCGAUUUUCUAGAGACCUGGGGUUUGAUUAACUACUCUGCCUCAGCCUCAGCCUCAGCCUCCAAGACUCAGCUCAAAUGGGAAGACAAAGAUACUAAGGCCUCUUCGCAGAGUAGCGACACUAAUGCAGCUUCCGUGGAUAUUCCAGUGCCCAGGAAGAGAUUGUGCAGUGGCUGCAAGUCCGUUUGCAGCAUUGCCUGUUUUGCUUGUGAUAAGUAUGAUAUGAUUCUUUGUGCAAGAUGCUAUGUACGGGGUAAUUAUCGGGUGGGUCUAAAUUCUUCAGAUUUUAGAAGAGUUGAGCUCAAUGAAGAGGUGAAGACAGAUUGGACUGAGAAAGAGACCUUGCUCCUCCUAGAAGCUGUCAUGCAUUUUGGUGAUGACUGGAAGAAGAUAGCAGAGCAUGUUGGUGGUAGAAGUGAGAAAGAGUGUGUGUCUCGCUUUAUAAAGCUUCCUUUUGGCGAGCAGCUUGCUGGACCUCCAGAGUCUACUGAAGUGGAUAGUGAACAACUUCCUGCCAAAAGGAUGCGACUAACACCUCUUGCUGACGCAAGCAACCCUAUCAUGGCACAGGCUGCUUUCAUUUCUGCUUUAGCAGGAAACGAGGUUGCAGAAGUAGCAGCUCGUGCUGCUCUAAAAUCUUUAUCUGAAUUCAGUAUUGGAAAAUUUGAAGGGCAUCUCAAAUCUAUUUCUGCUAGUGCAGACAAACAGGAAUCUCAUGCAGUUGAAGGGGCUUUUGCUGAAGCACAAUCUCAACUUGAUAGUGAAGAAGAGAAGGUAGAGAAUGCAAUCUCUAAAGUUUCUGUUCAGAUAAAAGAGAUUGAAGAAAAGAUUAGCGAGUUUGAGGAGAUUGAAUCACAAACAGAAAAGGAGUGGCAACAACUGCAGCAACUGCAGAAUCUGCUGUUUGCAGAUCAGCUUAACCUGAUACUGAGUAAAGGCGGAGGAAAUUUGGCAAGCAAUAUCAAGACGGAAUAAUGAAUCAUGUGUUUUUUAUUUUUUAGCAUUAGGUGCUUGCCUUGCCAAUUGCCAAGCACAAGUAGUGCCUAUAAUUAGCAUUAGCAUUGAACUAGUGUUUAUAUGAGAUUUAUUAUGUGAAUGUGAGCAAAUUUUCCCUUACUGAAACUGAAACCAA